AUGAUUGACUCACUCUUUGUUAUCGGGCCCCGCGGUGAUGCCAUUCUUCAGCGCACCUUUCGCAAAAGGCAUAUCAAGAACAUUGGGGAGCUGCUACUGAAAUAUAUACGGAGGUUGGGCCCGUCAGGUGGUCCGGUGUUGAAUAUAACAGAGUGUGACACGACGUUUACGUAUUUGAAGAGGAGUGGUUUGUACUUUGUAUUGUCGAUGGGUAACGUGGCAGUACCAUUGUCAGUAUGUGUAGACUUACUGGAGGGUUUGGUUAUGAUGAUUAAGGAUGUGUGCGGUGUGUUGAAUGAGGACAAUUUGAGGCGAAAUUUUCUGUUGUUGAAUGAGAUAGUGGAUGAGAUGUUCGACUACGGUAUUCCGGUGGUGCAGAAUACCCAACAGUUGACGAGUUCGCUGUGUUGCCAAGCUAUCUCGGGUGGUGUGCAGUCGGCGGGUCUCUCCAGCGGCGACGUAGUUUCGAGGAUAUCGGAUGCGGCGGGGUUCGCGUUGACGACCUUUGCCGAUCACGUGAGUAGUAUUACGAGCAAGAGUUUAAGUGUAGCUAAUCAGCUGGGAAGCCAGGGUUCCAGUCUUGGUAGUGGCGUUCUCGGUCGCAGUGGCAGCUCUCUCGGCGGCAGCGCCACGGUUGGUGGCAAUGCACUUGGCCGUUGCCAGUCGGGUUCUGGCGGUCAGAUGGAGGGUAUUACAGGCUUCGGUAAUGUGAAUUUUGGUAAGGGUGCAACUGGCGGUGGUCCGGGACCGCGUACGGUGCCAUCUAACGCGAGUCAGAUCCCGAUCAACAAGCAGGGUAGCGCGGUUCUGUUCAUUGACAUCAUCGACCGCUUAAAUGCAGAGGUGCGAGCCACGGAUGGGUUCGUCAUCCGUAGCAGUUUGGACGGUACGAUCAUGGUCAAGUCAUAUCUGAGUACACCGCUGAAACUGAAGAUGGGACUGAACGAGGACAUGUUCAUCGACAACGAGUUUUAUUAUCAGCCACCACGCCGCGUUCGACCAGAGGAGUGCACGGUGGUGCUAGACGACUGUGUGUUCGACGAGUGUGUGGAUCCCGAGGGACUCAGUGAGCAGAGCGCCCUCGUCUUCACGCCACCCCAGGGUGAGUUCUUGUUGAUGAAAUACCGCGCGCAAAAGUACGUGCUCCCUUUCCUCCUUACCGCAAGUUGCACUGUACUCGCACCCGACCGAGUCGAAGUCGUUGGCAGGAUCACGCAACAAUCACCUGGCAGUCAUGCCAUUGGUAUGAACGGCGCCAUCUCCGUCGCCAUGGACACGCCCGUCUACGCCACCGUCACCAACGUCGCUCUACUCAACCCAACCGCUGAUAAAAAACAGAAAGUCUGCAUAGACAAAAAAAGGGUAGUCUGGAACACACGUCAGGCCAUCGACUUCUCCCACGAUCUCGGAUUCUCCGCCAAACUCACUUUUAGUGCACACAACACCCCCGCACCCCUCCUAGCCGCCCUCAGACGAAACGAUCUCAAUACACUGCACCAAUACCUCUGCCCCUUCGUCGUCUCAUUCGAACUACCCAUGCACAGCAGCUCCAGACUCCAGGUAAGGAAAUUUGUCUCUCCCCUUUGCUUCCCUCCGCGUUGCGCCUUGUUGACACCAUGUAUAAAUUCUUAA